AUGGCUGCCUCGCUCCCAUCGCUGGCCAUUCCAGGCCAACGCCUGGGACCUGCAUCCUCAUAUUCUGCAGGGCCUGGAACACACGUGCAACAAUCCAGCAUCUAUGCCUCCAUCGCGGGCCCCGUCUGCCUGGAUCCCGCCCAGCCCAAAAUUCAAGCCAAGGCAACUCUCAGGGUAUCACGGGUUGCUACCAGCAAAUACCAAACCCGCAAUCCACAAGCCGGAGCCGUUGCAGCCGCUCAGCCCAAGCCCCGGUACAACACCCUGCCGGCAGUCGACUCCAUCGUCCUGGCGCGGGUGACGCGGGUGCAGAAGCGCCAAGUUGCCGUUUCCAUUCUUGUGGUGCUCGACGACACGCCCAGUGUAGGUGCUGACCCGUCGCGGACCGCCUCCGACAACGAUAACGUCGCCUCUAUUCUCACCUCGGCCGCGAACCCGGAGAACCACAGCAAUACCGACGAACUGCGGUUCCAGGCGCUGAUUCGGAAAGAAGAUGUGCGUGCGGUGGAGAAGGACCGCGUUGUGAUGGAUGAUAUGUUCCGUGUCGGCGAUAUCGUGCGUGGCUCUGUUAUCUCCCUCGGCGAUCAAAGCUUCUACUAUAUCACUACCGCCCGCAACGAUCUGGGUGUCGUCAUGGCUCGCAGCGAGGCGGGCAACAUGAUGUUUCCGGUUAGCUGGAAGGAAAUGAGAGAUCCUCUCACCGGUGUUGGUGAGCCCAGGAAAGUGGCCCGGCCAUUCUGA